AUGGGAGAAGCAGAGGCCCUCUGUCUUCUGAGGAACAAGACAUCAGUCCCUGUCCCUGAAGUCUUCAAUGCUUAUACAAUCGCUGAUAUCGGAUUUAUCCUGAUGUCGAAAAUCCCCGGUAUUUCUCUGGGACAAUGCUGGAAAGACUUGACCUGGGAUGAUAAGAGCUCUAUUGUCCGACAGCUCGGCGGUUUUAUUCGGGAAUGGCGCCAGAUCGAAGGGCCGCUCUUCGGAUCUAUCGAUGGUGGUCCGUGUGAAGAUGUCCUCUUCCAACAUCCGUGGGAUGGUGAACCCCGUCGCUAUGGGCCUUACUCGACAAGAAAUGAGUUCAAUCAGGGGGUGGUAGAGGCUCUCCGCAACUCCAGACCCCAUGCGCAGCUCACGAAGAGAGAUGAGCCUCUGGUUGAGAGAAUACUCGUAUCGCGUGACCAGGAUGAAACAAAGGUGCUCACGCAUGGUGACUUGCACCAAAGCAACAUCCUGGUGAACGGUAAUGUCGUGUCUGGAAUCAUAGACUGGGGUGCAGCUGGCUAUAGUAUAUCGGCAAGGGAAUAUUUCUGCUUACGGUGGCAAGCGAUAGACCUAGAAUGGAAGGACCUCAUAUCCACUAUACUUGACGUCGACGAGUAUGGGUUUUGGGCUGAAGUCAACCAGUCCAUGUUGGACUAUACUGGGAUUUGA